AUGGAGCCAACUUUACAAAAUGAUAUUGUUUUUGGAGGAAGUGUAAAAGAAAUAAUAUCAAAGUAGACUUAUCCUAUCGUUGGUUACUUCCAAACUGAGUUAGAUAAUACUCAUGUGUACGCUCUAUUUAUUACAUCCUUAGGAUAUAGCGUCUUGUCCAAUCUAGAUUCAAAAACUGGAAGGGCUAUCAAUUCACUUAGACUAAAUGGUGAAAUGUAGUAUAUAAGACCUCAUGCAUUUGACAUAGGUAAAUCUGGAAAAAUCAACAAAGAUGAAAAACUCUUAGGAGGCUGUAUAUCAAAUAAUCCAUCAGCAGUAAAUGCACCAUCAUUACUAGGUCUGUUUGUUUUUGAUGUUGUGAAUUCAAAUAUACUUUCAAGCUAUUUCAUAAAAGCAGAUGACAGAUAGUACUAAUAUAUCUACAACUUUACAGACGACAAUAUUAUUGUAGAGUAACUAUUUUUGUUAGAAAGUGUUUAUUAAUUUGCAACUGUAGCAUCAAUGUCAACCUAUUAAUAUGUUGAAAUAAUAAGGAUUUAACUGCUCAAGCUUAGUUUUAAUCAAAUUAAGAUAAAACAAUUGUUCUGA